CCCUUUGCUCUUUCGCUCUGUCUUUGUCUUUGUCUUUGUCUUUGGCUUCCCUUCUCUUCACAACACCACAAACAAAAGUCGAAAGUCGAAGUCGAAGUCGAAGUCUUAUGUCAACUCCUCUACUCUUCGCCUGCCUCGUCUAAUCUCCCCCAAUUCUCUGUCAAAAGUCACGUUUUCUAGGGUUUCGAGCCUCGAUCGUCCCUGCCACACGGAGAUUGAUUCGUCUCGAUUCUUCUAUGGAGGCAAAUUCGGUUCCGGGGAUGGAGGAGGAGGAGGACAAGACGUCAGAGGCCCAUUUGACGUCAGCUGCGGCCUUUGUUGAGGGUGGAAUCCAGGAUGCCUGCGAUGAUGCUUGCAGCAUUUGCCUUGAAGCAUUCUGUGAUAGUGAUCCUUCGACGGUGACCGGUUGCAAGCACGAGUUUCAUCUGCAAUGUAUUCUUGAAUGGUGCCAAAGAAGUUCCCAGUGCCCCAUGUGCUGGCAACCCAUCAGCCUGAAGGAUCCAACCGGCCAGGAAUUGCUCGAGGCAGUAGAACGAGAGAGGAGUUUUAGGUUUAAUCCUUCUAGAAAUGCCACAAUAUUUCAUCAUCCAACCCUGGGGGAUUUUGAGUUACAACACUUACCGGUGGGUGCAAAUGAUGCUGAACUUGAAGAGCGUAUAAUCCAGCACUUAGCUGCUGCUGCUGCAAUGGGACGAGCUCGCCACAUUGCUAGAAGGGAAGGCCAAAGGAAUAGGUCAUCAGCUCAAGGUCGUCCUCAGUUCUUGGUAUUCUCAACUCAUCCUAAUUCACCUCCUGCUACUUCUGCUUCAGUCCAGAGGGGGGAAGGCGAACCAGCUCCUGCAAUUGCAGUAGCUGCUCUAUCUUCACCUCAUACAACUGUGGGAGAAGAACCUUCACAACUGACUUCUUCAGUAUAUUCUCCCCAAGCUGACCAGGUUUCAGCCUCAGCAUCAGGCUCAACUGUUCUUGCUGCCAAUCAACAUGGAUUGGAUAGGAGGUCUCCUAGUCAAUCGUUACCAAGUGGUCCAGAUAGAGCAGGACCUUCAGAAAUCCAAUCACUUUCAGAAUCAAUAAAGUCUCGAUUAAAUGCAGUGUCUAUGAGAUACAAAGAAUCCAUUUCAAAAAGCACAAAAGGAUGGAGGGAGAGAUUAUUCUCUCGUAACACUUCGAUGUCAGACAUUGGUUCUGAAGUUAGAAGAGAGGUAAAUGCAGGGAUUGCAACUGUAUCACGCAUGAUGGAACGUCUGGAGACCAAAGAAACUGGUAGAACAAGUUCUGCAUCUGAAUCAACUAGUAUAGAGAAUUGUUCAGUUACAGAAUCAGGCAACCAGCGCACAUCAGAGACUAGUGGUGCCAUUUCGUUGGGAGACACAAAUAAGCCAGCUGCAUGUGCUGCUGGUUCCAGUUCGACAUAAGCAUUAUUUCUGCAAUUGCAUCACUCAAAUCAUUUCCUUUAGAAAAGGUUGAACUUCCCUUUCCUAGAUAUGGCAUGCUGUGGAUAUGAUGCUUAGACAUCCUCUUCAGGCCACUGCUUAUCCUUUUACAUGUGAAAAGAGCACUGGGCGAUGAUAUAUAAUUUGAAAUAAAUAAACAAGAGAGAGACCUCUUCUAUUGUAGAAACUAGUAUGUGUUUGUAAAUUGAUUUAUAUAAUGACCUAUUUAUGAAUAUAUUAUACAGAAUCGCUCUGGUUUUUUAAGGA